AUGCGUCUUCACAAAGAUAUAGCAGAUAAGGCCGGAGCAGUAACUGAUCCAUUUACUAUUAUUCAAUCAAAUCAAAAUAAAUCGACAAAUGCUCAAGAAUUCAGCAUUAAAAUAGCUGAUAAUUUUGAUCUAAACCCUGAUACAUUACAUGGCAACAAGAGUAUUCAUAUUCUGAAUCAAAUCAUCGUGUCAACAUCUAAGAAUGAUGAAAUUCUAACUGUAGUGGCAGAUAUUCUUACUGAUGCAUUGAAUGAAAUAGCCAAAUUAGAUACUAAUGCUGAACCAAUACCUCCACAACUUCAAGCAACUGUCUCAACACCUUAUCCAUCUAACUUCUGCAAUAAAAUGGCUACUUGUGAUCCUUUUCAUUUGCCUCUAUUGACAUAUGGAUUAAUAAAAUAUUUCAAUGAUACCACUAGUAUAUCAAGUAUUUGUCCGUCUACUGCUGUAUCUCUCCAGAUACCACUUCUCUCUGGAUUUCUUGCUACAUAUUUGCCUUGGAAGCCUAGAUCAAUUCAUAAAGUAUCUUUUUUAAUACCUCUAAACAAAGAUCCAAGUUCUGAAUCAACAGCUAAAAUUUAUCUUGAAGACACACAACACUUUUUCAUUGACUCGAACUACCAAAAGGAAGCAGUCUUAGUAGUUGAUGAAAAAAUCUAUCGAUCAUGUGUGAAGGUGAAACGUCAAGAACCGGAUAUGUUUCGAAAUGUAUUUGUGUAUGCUGGUGAUUUUCACGUAAUGAAAAGCAUGAUGAUUGUUAUAUGGAGUAUUUUGAAAGGAUCGCAAUUGAAAAAAUAUUUCCGACAAAUCAAACUUUGGCUUGACGCUUUGGAGCCAUUCCUUAUAGCACCCGCAAUGUUUCGUAAUGGCUAUGGUUAUUCAAAUACUCAAGAUAAAAUGAAGAUCAAAUGGUCAACAUUAAACGAUCAACUAACUGAUUACCGAUUUGAAACUUGUGGUGAAUGCAAAGGAAGUUGCACUCGUUGCAACUGUUACAAAAAUAAUUUAUCUUGCACAGUCUUUUGUAAAUGCAAUCAAGAUAUGUGUUAUAAUAGAAAUAUCUACGGUUCAUCAAGUCAACAGCUAAAGAAUAAGUUGGACAAAUUGCAAGAUAUCAAUGAAUCUCAUUCUGACAUGGCUUUAAAUGAAUCAAAUAUAGACCCAGAGGUGAAAUAUUCUGAUAGCAAUGUAACAAGCACACCAACGGGUCGAAGACUAUCAUCAACAACUGUGGUAUUGGCCCUCACUCCUCACACCCACAUUUUUUGUAAUUUAUUCUUUAUAGA